CCAUGCUCGCCAAGGCAUUCACAAAAGUCCAAACGUGGCCGUCCAAAGAGGAACAAAAAAAGCCCUUUGAGAUCUACAAAAAGAUAUUACCUUUGAAAACAACGCAAUCCGCGGGGCAACCUUCUCUUGUUCACUUUCUGACAGAUUUUUCACAAAUCCUUCCACAGGAUUUGGAUUUGGAUUUGCUUACCCAACUAAAAAUUUCCAGUCCUUUUCUGGUGUUGGGUCUCGCCGGAACUUUGCUAAACUCCAUGUAUAACUAAAGUCAAUUAAUCUUCUUCUUUGUUUCCAUAAAUCAGAAAAAGGAGUCAGAGUAGUACUGAUUUGGUGGUGGUCAAAUGGAUGCUCAGGCAGAGAAAAUCUACGUUGCUAUUGGAAAUGAUCUGCAAGAUGGGUUCAAGACCUUGGAGUGGACGCUUGGGAAAUGGAAUUCUCGUCCAAUCUCCAUAGUCAUUCUCCAUGUCACUUACAACAUUUCUGCCGAUUUUGUUUACACCCCAUUCGGGAAGCUCCCUGCAAGUGUUGUGAGUGAAGAGAAACUGGAAGUUCUUAGGAAAUAUGAGCAAGAAAAGAUUGACAAGCUGCUUUCCAAGUAUAUCACUUUCUGCGGAAAGGUGAAGGCUGAGAUAUUGAAAGUCGAGAAACACGAUGAGCCUGUUCAGAAACUCAUUGUAGAUUUGAUUUCUCGCCUCCAAAUAAACAAACUAGUCAUGGGGUCCACAUUCAUGAAGUCCUCCUCGUGGAAAUCAAAGGGCACGAUUAGUGGGUCAUUUUACAUUCAUCAGCACAAGCCCCAUUUUUGUGAGUUUUACAUUAUCUGUGGAGGAAAGCAGGUGUUCCUCAAAGAUCAAAAAGAAGAAAGAAUCAUGGAGGAUGAUCAAGGGGUUAGAGUUGCACGAAGGAGAGAUAACAAGGCUUCUCUCAAAAAAUGGGUCGGGAAAAUGUUUUCCGACCAAACAAAUACCCCAGAAAGAAACUCUUGUCACUCAUCCAGUAAUUCCUCAGUAAAUUCGAAUUCACCCAAAUCACAAAAUCAGUGGGAAAUUCAUGUCCAAGAAAUUGAGAGUUAUCUCCAGCAGUUGCUGUCUUCAGAUUUGGAUGUAGAUGAUCUUCCCCAGGAGAAUGACAGUUUCCAGAUCAUAACGAGCCAUGCAGCUGAGUCCGGGAACAACGAUUCCCACAUGAGCCUUGCAGAAAAGAUCGAAUCUUUAAGAAGUAAAAUUAAUGAAGCUCAGCAGGAAAUUGAGUUGAAGAGAAAAGAAGCCAAGGAGAACGUUGAAAGGCAUGCAAAAGCUGGAUGGGUCAUUUCUUUAUGCAUUCAACGGGCUGAAGAACUUGAAACUUCUAUAAAAGAGGAGGUAAAAAAUCGAUCGGAGUUGGAGAAAGAAUUAAACGCAGAAAAGGAACAAAUGAACGAAGUAAUCAUCGACAUUGAAGAAAGCAAGAGCAGGCUAAGUUCAUUGUUAGAACUCCAAACCGAGCUGUCCGAAAAACUCCAGAUUUCAACAAUUGCGAAGUCACAAGCCGAGGUCCAGCUCGAAAAGGCAGUGCUGACAAGGGCAGAGAUGGUGAGGGAUAUCGAGGAGUUGCGGAGACAAAGAGAUGUGUUCAAUAGGAGGAUCGAAUUCUGCAGAGAAAAAGACGCCAUUGGAAUGCUUUCGAAGCUUAAUGAAAUGAGCUGUGGUUACAGAGAGUACAGUGCGGAGGAGAUCAGAUUAGCCACUGAUAACUUUUCGGAGAGCAAGAGAUUGAAAUCUGGUGGGGAUUGGACGAAUGUGUAUAGAGGGCGCAUGAAGCAUGGCGCAGUUGCGAUCAAAGUUCUGAGUUCAAUCGGGCAGCUAUCCCAAGAAGCUUUCCAAGCUAAGGUGGAUGAACUUGGCCAAAUUCGACACCCACACUUGGUGGCCAUGGUUGGCUUAUGCUCCGACCUAAAAUGCAUUGUCUUUGAAUACAUGCACAAUGGUAGCUUAAGGGAUGUGUUAUCUUCCUCUGACAGAAGCUCUAGGAAAAGAAACCGGGCCCUUCAUUGGCUGGACCGUGUCCGCAUUGCGACCCAUGUUUGUUCGGGCCUGGGUUUCCUCCACAUGGCAAAGCCCGUGCCGAUGGUUCAUGGCUGCCUUGCCUUGUCCAACAUCCUCCUAGAUCGCAAUCAUGUCGCAAAGAUCAGUGGUUAUGGGCUCUCACAAGCCCAUGAUGAAUGUGGCUUGCGGUUGGAUAUUUGUGCUUUUGGGUCUGUAAUGCUACAUCUUUUGACCGGGAGAAAAUGGGCCGGGCUGGUGGAAGAGGCAAUGACUAGGGAUAGGGAAGCCUUGGCCCAGGUCCUGGAUGAGACCGCGGGAGAUUGGCCAUUAGAUUUAGCGGAGGAAUUUGCGGGCUUAGCGAUAAGGUGUUCGUCCAUUAACAGUGAGCCCAACGCAGACCUGAGCAUCACCAGGGUAAUGGAAGAGCUGAAUAAGAUUAAGAAUAAGGCGGAGGAUGCAAUGAAAAGAGGAGGAUCUGACACAUUUAUCAAUGGAGAUGUUGAUGAAGCAGACUCAUGCGAUGUGCCCAAAGUUUUCAUCUGCCCCAUAUUUCAGGAUAUAAUGAAGAACCCACACGUUGCAGCAGAUGGAUUUUCAUACGAGCUAGAAGCCAUAGAGGAAUGGGUAGAAACGGGGCAUGACACCUCUCCCACGACAAACUUACGCCUCAAGCACACAAAGGUCAUCCCUAAUCACACCCUUCGUUCACUCAUUCAGGAUUGGCAAAGUAAGAGAUCAACAGCAGCCUCCAUAGCACAUUAAUUAAAUUGUCUCCUGUAAAUUGCUCAAACAAGUAGUGUGAAUUCAGCUUCUUGAUUUUCUUUUCCGUUUUCCUCUUGUGGAUAUAUUGUACAGUAGUUUUCUACUCUUAAUCAAUAGGAAGAGAGAGAGAGAGAGACAAUUGAUAGUAUUUUCCAUGAAAAGUAUUUGAAAGAAUGUUUUUGACUAUUGAUAUAAUGAUUUAGCAGUCAA